AUGGACUACAGCAGCAAUCACUGCAUACUGUUGGUUGGAGAAGGUGACUUCUCCUUUGCAGCCUGCUUAGCUCGAGCUUUCGGCUCUGCUCCUCACAUUGUCGCCACUUCCCUAGAUUCCCGAGUGAGCUUGGAGUGGAAGUAUUCGAGAGCCAGCAUCAACUUAAAAGAGCUUGAGGAUCGGGAAUGUACAGUUCUGCAUGGAGUGAAUGCCCACACAAUGAGCACACACCCGAGCCUCGUACUUAAGUCUUUCGACCGUAUCGUAUAUAAUUUCCCCCAUGCAGGUUUCUUCAACAAAGAGGAUGACCCACUACAGAUUAAGGCUCACCAGGAACUCGUUGAAGGGUUCCUCAAGAGUGCAAGCUCGAUACUGAGUUACAAUGGGCAAGUUCAUAUUACCCACAAGACAGCCUAUCCUUUCAGCGCAUGGGACAUAGUCGGUCUGGCCAAGAAAGUUGGGUUGUACUUGCUCGAUAAAGACAAGUUUAUGCCCAGGAGGUACCCGGGGUAUGUCAAUAAGAGAGGAGAUGGUCCUCGAUGUGAUGAAAGUUUCCCCAUUGGGUCGUGCAGUACGUAUAAGUUCAUCAAACUUUGA